AAGGAUGCUGCUUACUGAAAGAAGCAAAAAAAUUGAAGAUUUUAACUUCAGUCUGAAGUUGUUGCACUACCUAAGUGCUAACCUGGUUGCAUUUCCAAUGCUCUAAUCAUUUGGAUUACAUUGCAACACAAUUCUGUAAUAUCCCUUGAUACCACAUCAAACAAAACAUUUCAAAGUUAUAAUGAGAACGGACGUUAUUUGCCACAGUUUUGGUUUUUUCCUCCAUUGUCGCCGCCAGUCUGUAAUAUUCUUUGAAAAUCUCUCAUAGUUCCAGUAGUCAUCUUGCCUUGCGAUUCAAUUUGUGUGCCUCCUCCACAAACACAACAAGCCUCAUUAGCUGGAAUUCCUCCGCCUAACUUCAUGCCCAUGUCUGCACAAAGUCUUUCAGACUCGUAAUCUGAACAUGUCUUUCCAGUUUCAGAUUCAACCCAGCCUUCUUUGUCCACACAGCGAUCGUGAACAUCGGGACAAUAGUCAUCCCAACCCAUACGAUAUGUUGCAAUAGUUGCUUUAUUUUCCUCCAACCAAUCAGGAGUAUUCUUGAAGACGUCGCAAAGGCACAUGAAAAGUUCCCCGUUUUCUUCAUUCUUCUCGGAGAGAUAUCGCCGAGUACUUUCGUCGAUCACCAAACUUUUCAGCAGGCCAAUAGCAGCCCACGGCACAAUUUCGGGAUGUGAAAUCGAAUUUGGAUACGUAGCUCUUCCAGGCCAAGAAUAUGUCUCAUCGUGAGGGGAGUUCACUGGACCACCACAGAUGAAGUAAUUCAAAAGAUUCCUGAAACUUCGUGCAUCCUUUUCUUUGAUUUGAUCCAUGAUUUUCGAACGAAUUUCCUUGUCAACCGUGGACAUUUUUUUUACUCCCUUCGGAAGGGUCAGCGCACGGGUUUCGUCGUUUCGCUGCCAAUCGCAAUAUCCAGUUUCCGUGUCACAGUAACUAGCUGCCAGGUUUUGGAGUGCCGCAAAUGACCACAUGUUCGCCGCACUGCAGAAUCCAUCUCGAUCAAAGAAGACAGGACAGUAUUUAAUGCUGUCGAUAAGCUCCUCCACUAUGCCAGCCUCGAAGAAACCCUUUUGAUUGUGCUCAUUAUUGUAACUCAGAAUCCAAAUUGACUCGGAUGCAUGUGCGAUAGCAUUCCCAGCUUCGCUACCGAUUGCGAUAAUGUGGUCUAAGUCACUUUCUGGGUUCAUUUUCUCGAUGGAUUUAAUUGCUUUCAUUCCGGAAUGAAUGACAUCUUUCAGACUUUCGAAGAUCUGACCAUUGUCGGCAAGGCCGAUGUCCAUUCGAUUUGCGGCAUUGCGGGUGGUACACAAAUGCAGAACUUCCGCAGCGUCAGCACGCACGCUUAAUAUUUCGCUGGAUCUGACGGUUUCAACAAGUGAAGAUAUCACGAAUGGGCAAAUAUCUUUUUGAGCUUUCGCGGUUACUUCUGACGGAUUGGGGCGGACAAGACUUUCAUUGUCACCACGCAGUUGUUUGCUUAAGUCUUUUAGUUUCGAAGAGCCCAAAAUUUCAGCCGACGCAAUUGAGACAACGAGUGGAAGUACAAAGGCACGCAUCUUGGACUUCCUUCGUUUCAUCCGAUACAACUCAUUGAAUACAAUUGAACUCGAUCUCAAAUCAAAUUUUCAACCGGUAAGUGCAGAAAGUAGAUUUUCUUCUGUAAAAAUCAUCACAGCUUUGCUUCUUGCUCGGAACUGAACGAACGGCAUUACAGUAGCGCGUGUGCGAUUCCGUUCGUACGUACGGUACCGGUACGUACGUAAGGUGCUCGUACUACCCUGAGGGAAAGUACGAUACGAGUAGGAACGUGAUACGACUACCAAUACCAAUGCAGACACGACUACCAGCGUCCUACGCUUCGGUCAAGUACAUACAGUACUUCUGAUACGUUCAGUACGGAACGUAUUUCACUGCAUUUAGAGAGUUCGUAAGGUAGAUACCGUACCGAUAGUACGGGAUCUUUUUUUGAAAGGGUUCACCCCUAGUUCCUACGGUAAGUACUCGUAGUUCCUAACCCCCCGCCUAGUCGUCACGUGUGCGUACGAGUACGAGGUCAGGGGUCUAAAUUAUGACCCCUGUACGAGGUACCGUACAGUCGUUGCAAAAUUCGUGAUUCAGGCAGUACGGUACCGGUACGUACAGUACGGGUUGCCGGUUAAAAGCUGUGGUUGAUCCAAUUUAUUACUAGGGCUCACUAUUCCAGAUCUCUACCAAAGCCAAUCGUAAUUCUGAAACAUCAAGUCAUGAUAAUGCGAGGGCUUUGUACAGCUUUGUCGGCAAGUCCGAUGUCGAUGGCCAUGGGUUCAGCUUUGUCAGCAAAUCCUGUAUCGUUGAGUUUUGGCUCGAACCUUGAGAACGCCGAGAACUACAACUCCACGAUGAUCAUAGGGAAGCCUAAUUCGUUGAAAAAAAUCUUACCAGAUUUGUUGGAACCUAUUGGCCUGAAGAACCUCGAUUCUCCGAUUUAUGAUGCCAUGUUAGAAGGGAUUGAUUCUGACAAAGGAGGAGAGUCCACAACGAUGAUUAAGCUCGACACUGAUGCUGUUGUCCACAAAGUUAUUCUUGGAGCUCUGCCUUCCAAGGUAUCUAGGCACAACCAUCCAAUGUCGGUCCAUUCACUCACGAAGCUAGCAGGCUCUGCCAAAGGAAAUUCUCGUGUUGUGAUUCUUACGGACGACUUUGCAAUUGGACCCCUCGCCAGCAGCGUAGCAAAAGCCUUUCCAUUAUUUUCAUUGAAAUCCAACAAACCUGCAGAGAGAAAGGUUGAUGUGGCAUUUUGCAAAUCAGAUGGUACCUUUGUGGACAACAGCGAGCAGCUGAAGGCGGCUCAAACUGUUGCCUCUGGAGUGCAACUCGCUGCGCGGUUGGUAGACUCACACCCGGAACUGUUGACCACAACUCAAUUUGCAGAAGAAGUAGAAAGUUUGGCCAAGAUGAAUCCAAAAAUUUCCUUCAAACAGUUGGUUGGAGAUGAACUGAAAUCAUACGGUGGACUUUAUGGAGUUGGGAAAGCAGCAGUUUGUCCACCCCGACUUGUUCUACUCGAGUAUGAUGGCGGUGGCGACGAAACUGUGGCGCUGGUAGGAAAAGGUAUUGUCUAUGACACAGGUGGUCUCUCCUUGAAACCAAAAGUAGGUAAGGAUCGACUUUGGACCUUUUGAUGUUAAGUGACAAUAAUUUUCAUUGCACUGAGAAAAGCUGACGUGGUUGAGUGCUAAUGAAACUUAUUUCUUCUUUCAUUUUAUUGCAGGAAUGUGCGGUAUGAAGCACGAUAUGGGCGGUGCAGCAGGACUUGUGGGCGGUUUCUUCAGCGCCGCCGAACUUGGAGUGAAGAAAAAGGUUCACUGUAUCUUAUGUCUGGCAGAGAACGCAAUCGGCCCGACGGCAUUCAGAAAUGACGAUAUUCUUUCGAUGUACAGUGGGAAAACGGUGGAGGUGAAUAAUUGUGACGCAGAGGGUCGCCUUGUGCUGGGAGACGGAGUUGCCCACGCAACAAAACACAUCGAAAAUCUUGAUUUGGUGGUUGAUAUGGCCACUCUCACCGGAGCUCAGUUGGUUGCCACUGGCAAGAAACACGCUGGAAUACUUUCAAACGAUGAAGAUGUAGAAAAACGAGCGAUGAAAUGCGGCAUGCAUUCGGGUGACCUUUGUUUUCCCUUGCUGUACGCACCCGAGCUGUUGAUGGACGAAUUUAAAUCGGAAGUCGCAGAUAUGAAAAAUAGCGUCAAAGAUCGAUCCAAUGCACAAACUUCUUGCGCUGGUCACUUUAUCGAGUCGCACUUAGAUGAAUCUUACGAGGGUGGCUGGCUUCAUGUCGAUAUGGCAGGCCCUGGAACAAAAGGCGAGCGAGCAACUGGGUAUGGAGUUGGACUAGUAUUGAGCUUGCUUGAUGCUCCUGGAUUUUGAUUGGAUGCCGACAUCUAUAUUUCGGCAUCGACUGCAUGGGUUGAAAUGUUAUUUCGAGAAGAAGUUUGAUCUAAAUAAGAUUCAUUCGUCUAACCGCUAAAGUCUACAAACUACAAGCUCUAGAUCUUUCCAAGUCAUUCCAUAGCUGCCUGCCUUCAAGCGAUUCUACGAUUCAACUUUCUCGGUUCUUUUGAUGAAACUCCACUGCUUGCAUUAGUCUACCGUACGGUUGUACCGUACGCAUAGUACGUAAUACAGGUACGAAUACAAAUCAUAACGAACAGGAACAGCACAGUACGUAGGGACUCGUAACAUGAGUACGACUGAGGAGAGUUCUUCGGAAGUUCGGAUUUUGUUUUUGAAUAAUGUAUCCCCCACUGG